UAACUUUGGGAACUCGUAGACCCAGGGCCGCCCACGCCACCUGGCCUCCACUUUGGUUUCUGGAGCCCUUCCAGCCCUCUCUGGUGUCUCCGUUUCCUCCCGGCUCAGGAUGGACGAUCUCUUCCAUCUCUUCCACUCCUCAACGCCGCCGGCGCCCAACCUCUCCAUACCGGUUUUGCCGAGCUGGAGUCUCAACCUGACUUCGGGGCACGGAGCCCCUGUCCCGGGACCGCCGCCGCCACCCGGGCCCCCCAGCUACCGAGUGCACCUGGUCUUCCUGGGGGCCAUCCUGGUGACGGCGGUGGCCGGCAACGUUAUGGUGCUGUGCCGCCUGUGCGGCGGCGGCGGGCCCUGGGCAGGUCCCAAGCGUCGCAAGAUGGACUUCCUGCUGAUACAGCUGGCUGUGGCCGACCUGUACGCGUGCGGUGGCACGGCGCUGUCGCAGCUGGCCUGGGAACUGCUGAGCGAGCCGCGCCCGGCUGCAGGCGACCUGGCCUGUCGCUUCGAGCAGCUGCUGCAGGCGUCCGGCCGGGGAGCCUCCGCCCACCUCGUGGCGCUCAUUGCCCUGGAGCGCCAGUGCGCCGUGCGCCGUCCGCUGGGCCCGCCGCUGCCCGCGCGCGCCCUCGCCGCCCUGGGCUGGCUGCUGGCGCUGCUGCUGGCGCUGCCUCCGACCUUCGUGGUGCGGGGGAACCCGCCUUCGUCCCUGUCGCCGUCUGCUGCACCCCCAGCCGCCCGCGUCUGGCCGGGGGAGCGUCACUGCCGCGGCAUCUUCGCACCUCUGCCGCGUUGGCACCUACAGGUCUACACGCUGUACGAGGCAAUCGUAGGGUUCGCGGCGCCCGUUGGGGUCAUGGGCGUCGCUUGCGGCCACCUUCUCUGUGUCUGGUGGCAGCGCCGACCUCGGGUCCCUGCCGCUGCGGGGCAAUGGCCAGCGAGUCCGUCCCGAGCCCCCGCGCCCAGUGCGCUGCCCCGCGCCAAGGUGCAGAGCCUGAAAAUGAGCCUGGUGCUGGCGCUGCUGUUCGUGGGCUGUGAGCUGCCCUACUUCGCCGCCCGCUUGGCAACCGCGUGGUCGUCCGGGCCCACACGAGACUGGGAGGGAGAGAGCCUGACGGUGGCGUUGCGGGUCGUGGGGGUGUGCAACAGCGCUCUCAAUCCUUUCGUCUACCUCUUCUUCCAGGCGGGCGACGGCCGGCUCUGGCGACGGCUAUGGAGGCGCCUGGCCAUUGUGUGCUGCGCGCGGGAGGGAGUUCCGGAGGACAACGAGGGGGUCGGGGACCACCAGGUACUCCACCGCCACCGCUGGCCCCAACCCCACUAUCACCAUGCUCGGCGGGACCAGGGCUGCUUGCGCCCACCCCCGCCGCGCCCCAGACCGCUGCCCUGCUCCUGCGAAAGCGUAUUCUAGGUGCUUAUUGAGCAGAGGCAGGUCAUCUGUUGCCGUGGCGCAACAUCUGAACAACAGGAUGGGAGCUGGAGUCUAUCUAGAACGCAACAGGCAGGAGAGUCUCUAACACACACGGAAGCUGCCCCCUUACUCCACGCUCCUAUUAUAUUUUCUUCUAAUGUUUACAUUUUCAUAGACUUCAUGAUUAUUUUCUUCCCUCAAGUCCCUCUCACAUUUCCCCAUUUGGAGACUAGAGAUCAAGCCAUUGGGAAGUUGUAAAAAUCGUCAAGUUAUUAAUUUUGUAGUUCUUUUUCACACUUUCAUUGUAUUCUGGAUAAGCCCAUUUUAUUUACCUGAAUUGUCAAAUUUGCGUUAUUUGCUCUGUGGUCAUCUGUCUGUGAUUAUUUUGAAUUGUACUUAGAUCAAGUGUACCGAGGGGACCAGAGAGCUUGCUGUUUCUUCCAAGAGGAAAAUACAUUGCUUUCCCU